AUGUUAACGACACCUACGCCUGAAUUAAGAGCUGACGAACAAAUCAACAAAGAAUGGCUGAACCGGUUGUCAAUCAGGCCGGGAAUGGUUGAGUUCUCGGCCAAAAAGCCGCGAUCAUCACCAGUACCCGAAUGGGGAUCUCGUAGUAAACGAAAAGCCAGUACUAAACUGCUAACAGAAUUGAUUCAAGACGUGUGUCCAUCAGUAUCUGAUUGGGUGGCCCGGUCUGAGGCACUCGACCCCUAUGGAAAUAAGCUGACUAUAGUUCAAAGGAUCCCAAUUAACGGCACUGUAAUCAACCAAUACUUUUACGAAACAUUUUGCUCCUAUGAUGUCGACUCUUACGGCUACGACAACCAACACUCUAACCAUAUGAGCCCUCAAUGUCGUGGAAUUGACAAAAGGACGUGGAGCUCGAGGUGUAAGGAGAACCACAUCUGGACGUACGGCAAAGUGAUCACAAACAGCGGAGACAUCGGAUGGUCGGUAAUAGCGAUCCGGGGGUCGUGUGGGUGCGCGAUAUGGCCCAAAGUGAAUGAGGUUAUGGGUGUUGGCAGAGGACGGCGUUUGAGUCCCAAUCAGCUGAAUAGAGAGGACAACCACUUACUCGCCGAUCCAUUCUUCUAAUUCAUUUCGUGCUAUUCCUACUAAAGCCAAAAGUCUAAUACAAAAUGACUCAAAAUAUUAUUUCGGAGAAAUAUAAAUGUGUAAUAAUAAGUAUUUUUGUGUUAAAUCUAUAGUUUCAGUAAUUUGUAGUAAUAAUUCACAUAAUAUAUAAAUAU